ACUUGCUGGUCUUGCUGGCGGCCCCAGCUUUGCCCGACCUGUUGUCCAACCUCAUCUCUACCAUCUACCAACCUCCUCCACAUCUAACUCACUGUCCCAUCUCUCCAUCUUCAAACGUCAAACGACCGACUCGGAUGAGUAUCCAAGAAGACCCGCAAUUCCCUUUCCCGGUGACUUCGUCCUCAUCGAGAAAUUGACCCUCGUAUCCGCCCUCAAUGCUCGAAAUCCUUCUCUCCGCCCACACUUCCAUCACUGACGUUAUUUCCUGCCUAGACAUUUUCGACUAAGACCACAUCUAUCGUCGAUUGAAUAACGGAAUUAGGGGAUCAUCAACAUGUCGGUCAAGGUCGAGAGGGAGACGAUCCGCCAUGCGACCGAGACUAUCGGCGGCGACCACGGCCAUGGAGGCCACGCUCUCAUCCAUCGUCCUCAUAUCCCUCGCGAACCUCUUCCAGGAACCACCGGAAGACAUCCCAUCUCUGAGGCAAUCGGCACCGCACUUACUGGAGGCGCAAGGAACGCCGGCACGAGAGGCUAUCUGAUGGCGUACAUCAACGAGCUCGAGAGAAAUCCGCUGCGGACAAAGAUGCUCACAGCUGGAACUCUCGCUGGUCUCCAGGAACUACUCGCGUCAUGGCUAGCUAAAGAUCGCAACAAGCAUGGCAAUUAUUUUACGGCUCGCGUCCCGAAGAUGGCUGCCUAUGGCGCCAUGGUCAGCGCGCCUUUAGGCCACUUUCUAAUCUGGAUACUCCAGAAAGCCUUCAAGGGUCGCACGAGUCUUCGCGCCAAGAUCCUCCAGAUCUUUGUCAGCAACUUAGUCGUUGCCCCGAUCCAGAAUGUGGUCUAUCUCGUCGCCAUGGCCCUCAUCGCCGGUGCCCGAACUUACCAUCAAGUGCGAGCGACCGUACGCGUCGGCUUCAUGAAAGUCAUGAAGGUCUCCUGGGUCACCUCGCCGCUCUGCCUCGCUUUCGCUCAGGCCUUCCUACCCGAGGCUGCCUGGGUUCCCUUCUUCAACGUCGUCGCCUUUAUCAUCGGUACAUACAUCAACACUAUCACCAAGAAGAAGCGUCUCGCUGCUCUACGCAAGAAGCACUUCGGCGACGGCCGCUCCGGUUCCGUAGCCGGCGGCAGGCCCGGCCCUGAAUCCGAAUACCCUCCUCCCCCAGGUAUGGGACCCAACCCACAAUACUAAGCUACGGAUGAAAAAUCGGGAACGGGGUUAGGGGAAGGGGGCGGAGACGGAUCGUUACGUCGGACGGAAUGUGAAAGUUUAAAGUUUUUGGCGGAUGGUGAACGGAGCCGGCUUUCUUCGACUUAAAAUCGAGGACGCUUUUUUCACAUGAUGUCGUAUACAAUGUAACGAGGUACAACAGGUAGGCUUGGGGUUAUCUUGGGACGAUCCGUGAUGUGUUAGGAGUAUCCGCGCUUUAUAUAAUUUGCUUUUCGUCCUAUUUUUCCGCAGUAGUAAAAUAUUUCCUCAACUAAGUCAAUAAACAAAAUAAAUAAAUUAAACAGUCUCUUUUCCACUGUGAUACUACUAUCAGCCUGCAAGGAAAAUUAGGACAUAUAUAUCAUAGUAUUUCGAAG